AUGAUUAGCGACAUUGAAGAUCCUGAUUCAGACGCCAUCGACUUCAGCAAACCUCAGCUUUUUGGAGCCUUAGACCAAGGACGCCUUCAAAGUGUACCACAAAACCUCAUCCUAGAUGGAUCCAACGCCAUUUCAACAUCCACUGCCUCUUCCGAGUGUCAUUGCAUGAAUUCUACUCAGGCUUUUCGAGACAACAGAGCGCGAUUUCAGUCCGAAAGACAUCUUUUCGACAACAAGCAGUUGCAGCUGCUUUCACAUGAGGAUUUCAGUGCUCUGAGCUCUUCAAACCAGCAGGAAUACUUCCAUGAGAUAUCAGGAGCCUUGAACAACUGGCAAGCUUUUGGAAACUUGUGUCCUCGCAUUGAUGAAUUCAUAUUGAGACAUUGUGAUACGUAG